AUGUCUGCGAACGAGAACUCGCCGGCGGUGGAGGCCGCGGCCGCCGCCGCCGCCUCGACGCCACGGUCGCGGCUGCCCCGGUGGACGCGGCACGAGACGCUGGUCCUGAUUCAGGCGAGGCGCGCCAUGGAGCGGCGCGGCCUGCCGCUGCCGGUGCGGCCGCGGCCCAAGUGGGCGGCGGUGUCGGCCUACUGCCGGCGCCACGGUGUGGAGCGCGGCCCCAUGCAGUGCCGGAAGCGGUGGGGCAACCUGUCCUGGGACCUCAAGAAGAUCGUCGUGUGGGAGGGCAAGGCCGCCGGCGCCGCGCCGCCGCAGCUGCACGAGUCCUUCUGGGACAUGCGCGGCGACCAGCGGCGCGCCAGGCAGCUGCCGUCGUCCUUCGACCGCGAGGUGUACGACGCGCUCGUCUGCGGCACGUCCGCCGCCGCCGCGCCGCCGGACUUGGGCGACGGGGAGCUGGAAGGGGUGUACGGGCAGCAGCCGCCCAUCAUGGUCACGCCCCUAUCAGCAAGGAAGUACGAGCCACAACCUGCCUCCUCUGAACACGAAUGCUCUGGUCCAGUGACGGAGAGCGACAAGAAGGCCGGCGCGGCGGCGUCGGACAAGAACUCGACGUCGCAGAACGACGGCGGCGGCGGCUUCAAGGACAGCGACGCGACGUUCGUGGCGGAAGCAGAGGGCGCCACCACGGCGACGCCGGCGGUGACGGUGAGCAUCGGGAAGCAGGUGAUCGAGGCCCUGGAGCGGGGCAACCGUGCGCUGGCGCAGCAGCUGGAGGCGCACAAGAGCAGCUGGCGCGCGGACAGGGAGCAGAGGGCGGCGCUCCUCGGCGCGCUGGACAGGCUCGCCGGCGCCGUCGCCAGGAUCGCCGACAAGCUCUGAGGAAAGGGAGCGCGGUCUGACGCUUCUGCUGCGUUGGCCGUGAGAAACAAGACCGAUAUACCAUCAGAUUAUUGUAGCUGUGAAUUACAAAUGGGCAACACUUGGACCUUGAUGAAA